GAGAGGGGGGGCCGCGCGCCAGCCGGGGCUUAGCAGCAGAGCAGAGAAGAGCUGAGGGAAGCAGUGCUCGCGUGGGAGCUACCUACCCACCGGAGAGAAAAAGGGAGCGAGAGCGGGCGCGGGAGAGAGAGAAGAAAGAAGCAAGCUAGGAAGUAAGGACUGCGCGCCCGGGGCCGGGGCCGGGGAGCACUGGAGCUGAGCGACCUGCGGCGGCUGCAGCUGCAGGAGCAGCAAAGGGGACACCGCCCCCGUCCCCCUCCCCCUGCCCCCGCCCCCUCCCCCGCUUCAUCUCCCUUGCCAACCACCUUUGAUUUUUGCUCCCUCGAGGGGGCUGCGUGCGUGGACUUGUCACUGUGAAGUGUCGCCAUGUCUGACCGGAAGGCAGUGAUCAAGAACGCAGACAUGUCUGAGGACAUGCAGCAGGAUGCAGUUGACUGUGCAACGCAGGCUAUGGAGAAGUACAACAUAGAGAAAGACAUUGCUGCCUAUAUCAAGAAGGAAUUCGACAAGAAAUAUAAUCCCACGUGGCAUUGUAUCGUGGGCCGAAAUUUUGGCAGCUACGUCACACACGAGACAAAGCACUUCAUCUAUUUUUACUUGGGUCAAGUUGCAAUCCUUCUCUUCAAGUCCGGCUAGGUGGCGCAGUGGUGGCGGUGGCCGCGGUGGUGGAGGCGGGCAGCGAUGGUGGCAGGCGGAGCUGGGACUGUUAUGCACUGAAGGCUGGCACCAGGAUUUCCUCUCCAAUGGCUGUGCUACUGCAUGGAUUGUAUACUCGACUUCAUGUGUAUAUGUUGCAGUAAAAAAAAAAACAAAAACAAAAAACCUACUUCUGUUUAGUUGCCUGGGGAAGAAGGCUGCUUUCUGUUUAAUUAAAAAAAAAAUACACUCCCCCCUUUGGUUGUAUUGCACUAGGAAAUAUCUCUCAAAACAAAUUCUCCCAUCCCCCUCAAAUUUUAAAAAGGAGAAGCAAACCCCCCCCUUCCCCCCAGGAUUUUGGAGUGCUCAACUUAAUCCUUCCCAGUGGUGGCUGCCUUCUUUGAAAGGCUUGAGGAAAGCUAGGGGAUGGGGGAUGAUGUGUUAGGGUUGGGAUGGGGGGGAAGGGAUCAAGGAAGGGGGAGAUUUGUUCCCCUCUAAUGUGAAUCCAAGUGUUCUUGGAUUGUGAGUUGGGUAGGGGAGAGGGCAAGGGGGUGAGAUCCUCUAGAGGCCCUGGAAGCUCUAUGUUGUGGGGUGGGGGGGUGGGGCAGAGACUUGUCUUGCUGUCUUCAUUAGUGCUUAAGGGAGUGUCUUAAGAGGUGUGUAUGUGUGUGUGUGUCUUUGUGGAUUUGGUGCAUUAGGCUAUUUUUUUUUUCCUGCUGGUGCUCAGAUUGGGAGGAUGCUAGGGGCAAGAUUAUUCCAUUUUUCUCUCAUUCCAUAUCCCCCACCUGGCCAAGUCCCAACUCAUUAAUUCUUUUUCCACUUCCUUGGAAGAGUCCCCUUAGAAUAGCCUCUUUGUUGACUGAUGGGUCAGGGAAUUUCCAGUGACUUGGAUUGGGUCUGAACCUUCCUCCUUUCUGUAUUUGAGAAGGAGUCUUUGAGAGACAGAAUGUGUGUGUCUGUGUGUGUCUGUUUGUAGAGGGGCAUGAUUGUGGGGUAGCUCUUCAAUGACCUACCCAGGAGAUAACUACUGGAUUCCAGCAGAGACUUGACAGAAGGAUGCCCAGGAACAACUAGUACAACUAGAGAAGUCUUAACCUGUUAUCCUUGGAACCAGUUCUCAGUUGUAGACUAGGGAGGGUGUGACUUGGUAAAAUAUGGAACCCCUGGCAGGGUGCAUGACUGUGUUUCAGGGCUGGGGGAGCAGGGCUUGUGGCUUUUGUGGAUGUUUUAAGUGAUUUGGGGGGGGAUUCCUAUGGGAACUACUCUUGCAGCAUAGAUGAAGGGGAAAAAAUCCUGAAGGAAGCAAGGGAACCACUGACAGGAAGGGACUAGGAGAAUGUGGAGGCUUAAAGAGGACAAAAUUGGUCCUCUUUGUGGAAUUGAAGCAGGAGUGGGAAAGCUAAUGCCUUGAACUGCUGAUUUCCUGCGUCUUGUCCAAAAUACCGUUGGGGGUUGGGUAGAGGUUGGGGAAUUAAGGGAUGAAUAAAGCUCAUUUUUUCAAGUUUUAAAUCCUGGCAGAAUGGGCUACCCUUCCCCCAAGUCUUCUGUGCUUUCCACCUUUCUUUACAAUGCUAGAGGAAACCUGCAUUGGGGGGUGGGGGUGGGGGGCUGGGCAGUGAUAGGCUGUUCCUUGUAUUAUAAACUGGGCAAUGAAGGAUGUGCUGUCUGUGAUAAAUUGCUUGAAUAUUAGAUUUUUUUUUUUAAAUGUUUGAGUUUGUGUUGUCUCCCCCUCCCCCUCUCCCUUGACUUGUAAGGCCAAUUGAAAGUGUCUGGUUUGUGUUCAUCUCUUUUUUUGUCUUUAUUCUCUUUGGAGCAGGGGUGGCUGCCCCCCUUCCUCAUCCCCCUUGCUCUGCCUCCAUUCCUCUCUUGGACAUUAAAAGUUGAUUGAUGCACUUCAAA